AUGGCUACAAUCAUGUCGACGAGUCCCGUGCCGCAUUCCCCUCCCGGCAACGAUGCCAAACGACCCAAAGGCAUCCUCAAGAAUUCUUUCCGGGGCACACCACCCGUCUCCCCCACAGCCCAGCAGCCCAGCGCCACACCAGAUGCGCAAUCGCAGCACACCACUCCGCAGAGCCCCCGCCUGACGGACAAGGAGGUGACGAUCCAGAACACGCAGCGCAAUGCCGGCCACAGGCGCUCUUCGUCGGCGGCGCGCCCAUCCGGUCCCAGGCGGCAGUCAAGCCGCACCCCUUCGCACUCGGGCGAGGCCGAUGGCGAGGAGGAGGCCGACAGGCAGCGGCUCAAGUGGGACGAGGCGAACCUGUACCUGACGGAGCAGGAGCGCACCAGCACCAUGAAGAUCGACGAGCCCAAGACGCCCUACGCCAAGCACUACGACCCGACCGAGGACCCCAGCGACGACGAGAUGGAGAACGGCGACGGCAGCGGUGGUAGCGGUCGUCGCGCCGGCGCCGGUCAAGACGAAAUACCGGGCCUUUCGCUCGGUGAGCCCGAGGAGGCGGUGCCGGACGACGCCGGCAGGACGCGCGCGGUGCACGUCGACGAGAUCCAGGGCAGCGGUCACGAUAACGAUGAGGACGGCAUGGCUGGUUUGAGCGCAGAGGAGCGCGAGAAGCACCGCAAGUUUGAGGAGAUGCGCAAGAAGCACUACGAGAUGAGGGACGCGGCCCAGCUGCUGGGCCACCCGGAGGACCUGGACGAUAUGGACGAGGACGAGGACGAGGGUGUGCCUCCGGUGCCACCCAUGCCUAAUGGUCGUGCGUGA